AUGGAGAAAGAAGAUUUGACGAAAGAACAGCUCAGAACACUACAGAACUGUGAUGAAAGUGGUUUAAGAACACCGCCACCUAGAUUAGAAUUACUGACAAGCUCUAUGACACCACACAUUCAACGAACGAAUAGAAAUAAAAACUGGCGUGUGCGUACAGCUCUUAAUUUCAAAGGUAUCGAGUACGAUACUCGCCCAGUGAAUCUGAAAAAAGGCGAACACAACACUCCAGAAUACGAAAACUUGAACCCGUUAAAAUUAGUUCCCACUUUGAUUAUCGAUGGCCAGGCAUUGACUCAAUCGGUCGCGAUACUCGAAUAUCUUGAAGAGACACGUCCUGAGCCAGCUUUAUUGCCAAAGAAUCCGAUUGACAGGGCUAAAGUUAGGGCCAUCGUGCAAUCAAUUGCUAGCGAUAUUCAACCUAUUCAAAAUUUACGCGUCGUAAAGCAUUCGAAGCAAGACGAUUGGGGAAAUUAUUGGAUUACAUCGGGGUUCAGAGCGAUUGAGAAACAUCUUAAAGAAACAUCUGGUGACUAUUGUUUCGGUGACUCGAUUACAUUGGCCGAUGUGUUUCUCGUUCCGCAGGUUUAUAAUGCAAAUAGGUAUCAAGUUGACUUGACAGAAUUUCCUAUUAUCCAAAAAAUAAAUGCACGACUUAACGAAUUGCAAGCUUUUCGUGAUGCUCAUCCAUCAAAUCAAAUUGACUGUCCGCUGAUUCCUGGUGUUUGA